AUGGCCAAAGUACAGGAAGAUUUAAAAACCAUAAAUGAAAAUAUAAACCAAAAAUUUGAAAAUAUAGAAGUAAAAACGAAAGAACUAGAACAAAAAUUAGAACAGCAGCAGAUGCAUUUAGAUAGACUAGAUCAACAAUUGAAGAAAAGGAAUAUUAUAAUUUUCGGACUAGAAGAACAAGAAAAUUACUACAGUCAGUUGGAAGAAAUAGUAUUGGACUUAUUAAAUAAAGUUAUGAAGAUACCAUGUGAUCAAAGAGACAUAGAGUCGGUGAAGAGACUGGGGAAAAAGAAGGGGAAUGUUAGACCUGUCGUGGUAACUUUAACAACAAUGGGUUUAAAAUUGAAGGUCUUACGGAGCAAGAAUUUGUUAAAAAAUACAAGAGUCUACCUAAAAGAGGAUUUCACACCUAAAAUUUUACAAAAAAGGAAAGAGUUACAAGAAGAAUUUUUAUCUAGAAGAGAAAAAGGGGAAAAUGUUGUGAUAAAGUAUGACAAAAUCAUAACAUUAAACAGAAAGAGCCCCUUAUUAAAUAAAACAAGAGCUCUACAAGAAAGCCCAAAACAUAAACAUAGAAAUAAUAAAAGAAAACCACCUGCCUCCCCAGAUGCUCUACCAGAAACCAACCAACCUCUGUUAAACAAUAAUACUCGUAAAAAGAACAAAACCAGUAUUGAAUCAUAUAUGACACCGAAACCAACUCUACCAAUCACAACAUCUUCAUCGUCUCAAAAUAAUAUUACAAAUUCUAUAGAACAGACACAAAGACCAUAG